AGUUUCCUUGUCACUGUCCCCAUCUAGUAGCUGAUACAUGCAUUGAGCCUGAAAUCGAAGAGUCGGAUUCCUGACUGAAUCUGAACAUGUAAGGACCAUGACUGAAACUGCAGUUUGCGUUGGAACGUUCACUGCUGUGAAGACACUUUGGGAAGUGAGAAUACACAAGAUAAAUGAAGAAUUACAGAAAGAAAAGGAAUUCAGGCAGAGGUCUGCAGGAAGGCUACUGCUGGUCUGGGAGGAGAGAGCCGCUUUAGCAAAGCUCAAAGAAAAAGUUAUUCAUGAAGAUGGAAGAGCAAUUUUAAGGAUAGAGGAAGAAGAAUGGAAGACACUACCUUCAUGCUUACUGAAACUAAUCUAUCUCCAGGAAUGGCAGCUUCAUAGAACUAGUUUGCAGAAAAUUCCUCAGUUUAUUGGAAGAUUUCACAAUCUUGUUGUUCUGGACCUAUCCAGGAACUCAAUUGAAAGUGUACCUAAAGAAAUUGGCCAGCUGACUAACCUCCAAGAGCUGCUUCUCAGUUACAAUAGAAUAAAGUCUGUUCCUAAGGAAAUAAGUAACUGCGUCAGUCUGGAAAGAUUGGAACUGGCUGUCAACAGGAGUAUCUGUGAUCUUCCUCCUCAGGUUUUGACAGGCU